CCAUGCAGUGGUGGCAGUGUGCAUAGGUAUGAAUGAUGUGUAUAGGAGUAUACGUAAUAUAACCUUGAAGUGAUAAUAGGUUGACCGGGUUUAUUUGGACUGUGAUGCACAUUACAUUACAAAUCUCUCGUGUUUAAUCUUUCCUUAUGUUUUCCCCAUUUUCUAGGAAAUAUAUCCUGCCUGUUUACAAAAACUCCGCUGUCCGUGUGUCCAGAGAACUACUAAACUCUACUAACGAACUAGUGAAUAUUCAGGAUUGAUUGAUUCACCCAAUAAACUUUCUCCUCGAGUGAAUACAUAAAAAUAGUAAAAUAAUGUCGCAACUUAAUAAUUCCAACUACCCGUUGCGGUCGCAGUGUCGAAGUCAUGGAUCGUGCAACUGCCGCAAUGCACCCAAUUUGCCCAGAUCGCGUCGAGGUUCACAAAAGAGAUCGAGCAACACCUCCCUGAAUUCUUCCGAUUUAUCACCAAACAAUUCUUUCGACGUGUCAUCCGAUUUUGACCACGAUACUGAAACAUCAUCCAUUAACCGGUACAGUUCUUCGUUUAGUUCGUCGCGUGCUGUUGUGUCGUCAGCUUAUUCGUCUAGUAGUUUGUUAUCGAAAGAAGAAAGUGUGCUUCACCUGACCAGCGGUGGGGGAGGAGGGGACAGUGACUACAAUUCAGUAACAAAUAGUUUUAACAGUGACAACGGUUCUGUGUUUUCCCAACAGUCUCAAAGUGAGGUACAAUUACGAAGUAUUCUUGUCAAUAGUGAAAAAUCGAAAUCAAAGCCGAAUGGACACCCGAGAAAUGUGAGGUUUGGCUUUGCCACAAGCACUCCUUUGACAGACAUUCAUAACAAAGCGUUACAUGAGUAUGAAGAUAUAAGUGAGGACGAAGAAGACUCUGACGAAGAAGACGUGAUAAUUAAAAGUGUCAGUGACAAAGUUAAAAUGCAUCCCUCCCGGGGUCGUGGAGGAGGUCGAAUCGUUAAUCAGAACUUGUCGAAAUUUACACGACUUGAGGAAACCAGUGCUGGACGGCGCCGAACAACGAUGCAGUCUGUUACGAAUAGUAGACAAUCUGACACCUUCGAAAUGAGUGAUGGUGGUGCUGACACGACUCAAGAGGUACAUCAACUUGAUACGACUUAUCGAGUGACCCGGUCAGGGAGUCGCCCCCCUUCGAGUAUCCACAGUCAUGACAGCAGUUCCACUUCCACCACGGCGGUUGGCGGAGAUAGCCGCGCCCAGCGGCGAAGACGCCAAAUCCCUAUUAUCGAAGAGGGUGAGGGUGAUGGCUUAAUGUUUAUGACCCCGACAGGAAACGGAAAUGGAAUCUACCCCACAACUUCGCGGAUGACAGGUGACAAACAUAAUUUGGAGGAUAGAAGUAAGAUGAUGAUGAUGACGGAAAGCGGUGGCUGGAGGAAGAGUACGAUUGCUGUAUAUUGUUCUUCAGGGAUUAGUAAAAUUUGGAAUUUCGUGACAACUCUGGUUUAUCUUGUGGCGUCAGUGCCGGUUUAUGUUUGGAGUAAAAUAAUGCGGUUUGUGGGACUUCCUAUUUACUGGUUUCUCGUUCAGUGCCUUGUUUCUGAAAAGUGGGUGUUAGACAAGGACAUGAGAGAGCAAAGGGGUGACAGUAGGUCAAGGUUUCAGAGUUCGGAGAGUGGUUAUUUUGAUAAAACUAAAAGUUGGUUUGCAAAGUUAUUUUCCUGGUGGUCACUGACUAGUAGUUCUGCAAACAGUUUGGUAACUAAUUCGAGUUCAUCCUGGUUUCGAAAGAAUAAUGUUGUGUCGGAAAGUGAGGAAUUCUUGAUGUCGGACGACGAGGGAGGAUCCGAAACAGAGGAAUGGGUUAAAAAUAAAAAGACUGUGAACUUGAACGGUGGUGGUGUUGAAUUAAUUGGUGGAGGAGAAGGAGGAGGAAAGUUUCAUCUUAAUUGCAAUGGACAUGAAUCGUUUACUCCUACAACUACAGGUCGUGUUCGCGAGUUAUUGCAAAGUACGAGAGCGAGGUUAUUUGGUAACCAAUUCUCAAACUACAGCAAUCAGAGUGGAUUCGUAGGACGAGACAGGAACACGGUUGUAGGGAUGGCAAAUCUUGGAACAAUCGCUGGAUGGAGAAAAAAUCUUCUAGUGUUUUGGAGCCCAAAGACGACCAGUCAAAGGAUGACUUCAUCUCAUCAGAACAAUGGUCUCGUGUCGGACGAUGAGAGUGAAGAUGAACAAGGACAAGUUGACGUCGUGUUUUCCGAUGGAUGGUUUACCAGUGGGAGAAUUUGCAGAGUCCUAGCCAAGCUGAUUGCCCUACUCCUUCUUCUCAUGGGAUUGCUAUAUUUGGCUUACCUUUUGUGGCCGGUCGCAGCUUUAAUCGCUUCUAAGACUUUGGAUGCUUCGAAACAAUACGGAUUAGCCUUCUUGGAAGGUGUUUCAAGUUUAUUUGCCUUAUUAGUGCAAUUAGGAUCGGUGUUUGUUGCGUCAUUGCAGAAUUUUUCAUCAUCACUGUUCGUGGGUCGUGGUUCUCAGAAAAAUGUCAUUAUCGGAGAACCUGCAGCAUUUCCUAUUGUAACCCCAAUAGUAACUCAACAGCAGCAGCAGCAAGCUGCUCCACCCAUACCUCCUCCAUUUUUUUCUAAGGAGGACUAUGAAAGGCUGUUGAAAAGAAUCGAAGACCUGGAAGCUCAACUAAGGCUGAGCGAUGGACAGAUUUCGGAAAAGGAUAAACUUUACAACCAAGAAAUCAUUGGAAUUCGCCAAGAUUACGAGAACAACCGGAAAGAGCUGGACCUGAUGCGGAACUCAAUCCCAACUACUGCUUCAUUUGAGGAUGAGAUUGAAAAGCAAGUUAAGAUUAGUUGUACUAAAAACUGUCCGGAACCCGAGGUCCCACCAUCACGCCCAGAUCCCGUUGUGAAUUUUGAUGACACAAAUGUCCAGGCAUUAAUUGAUAGAGCCAUUCAAAAGUACGAUGCUGAUAAAACUGGUCGACCUGACCUUGCCUUAGAAUCGGGUGGAGGCUCCAUUUUAAAUACUCGGUGCACAAAAAGCUCAAAACUUAGGAAUAGUGUGGUUUCUUUCUGGGGAUUCAAAAUUUGGUCUCCUCCGAACAACCCACGAACCAUUAUCCAGCCCGGAGUGGUGCCUGGAGAUUGUUGGGCGUUUGAGGGAUCUGUUGGUGACGUUGUGAUUAAACUGGUGGGCCCCGCUGUGAUUACUGGAUUUACGGUAGAGCAUAUCUCCAAAUUGGUCUCGCCGUACGGAAAUAUUGACUCGGCACCCAACAAAUUCCAAGUUUUGGGACUAAAUGACGUAAAUGAUUGGGAGAAAGCUCAUGAUUAUGGCAUCUACAGAUAUGAGGACAAUGGUCAAACAUUGCAGUAUUUCGAUGUGUUGAAUAUGACUUCCACGCCUUAUCCAAUCGUCGAGCUCAAGAUUAUGUCCAACCACGGAAAUAUGCAUCAUACAUGUUUAUAUCGGUUCCGUGUUCACGGACAUUUGGCUGAUUGGUUGUCCACUCCUUUCACAUCAACCGUCGUUACUUCAUCGCUUCCUGAAGAAUCAGACACCCUUCAUGAUGAAGAUGUUGAAUAACUUUCUCUAUACUCCUAAUUAAUCUAAAUAGGUCCGUGUUACAAAACAGAGUACAAAAACACAUCAAAGAAGAAAAGCUAUGAAAUAAGUUUCGGCCUAGUCAUGAUAUUGCAGUUAUAGACAAGUAUUAACUAACGUUUCCUUAUUCCACGAAUUUCAAUGAUGGUUUAGUUCUAAAUAUGGCAGUCUUUUUCAAUUCAAACUUACUACUUUUUAUUCAGUAAUUUAUAGAUUAUAGAUUGACUGCAGAUUUCCUUUCAUAAUAACUUUGUCUACUUAUUUUUAAGACUGGCGCCAUUUAAUAAUUGUCACAUUAAAUAUAGAUACGGAAUAGAUAAUACUUCAGUUACUACACCGUUGCCAAAUGAAAACCUGUUAAUCAGUUAAUACGAGUGUCAUAAUACGUAAUAAUAUUUUUCAGGUACCGCUAAAGAGUUAUACAGAGCAAUGAUGAUUAUUAUUUGUUUAAAUUGGAAGGUAUUUUAUUGGUAACUUAAUUUGAAUCUAAAAUGUUACCAUUACCAAUUUUUCGACACCUCGAAAUCGUUGUUAAAUAAGUUACCUCUGUUUUUAAAAUAAUUAAUGUAAAACGGAUCUCAAAUUUUUGUAUUUACGGAUAUUUAUUUGAAAGGAAGGACAAGAUUGCAGAUUUGGUCGAAACCAUGAAAAACUAUGAAAACCCUCAAAUGCAGCCUACGAUUGUGUUCAAAAGCUAAACUAUUUAUGUAAUUACUGGUAUUGCAAUAUCCUCUGGGGUUUAAUUGUCAGAGUGGGGUCGGAAUUGUUGAACUAGUCCUUCUCGUCUUCGUCUACUUAAUAUUUACCACAUACAGACAAUACUUGAAAAUUAAUUGAUAUGAAUCACGUUUAAUUUGGAGACCCAAAGAAGAAGUAACCAAGUAUUUUCAUACCAUAAUAAUAAUAACAUUGCCAUUUACUCUUACAUUGUUAUUAAACAACUUGAUAACGAGUUGAUACGAUAAUGUACAACCCAUCAUGAUCUAAUUUUAAUAAAAAAUAUCAACCAUUUGAUAAUUUAAUCAUA